UGAUCUCUCCAUCUGUCCCCAUUUAUUUCGUUUUCUGUCCUCUCGAAAACAACCUACACCUUCAACUUCACCUCUCCCUCCCAAAUCACAAUCCGAUUUGACUUGCAGGCUAUGAGACCUCACGAGUUGAGCUGAGUCAAACCGAGUUGGGUUUUUCCUUUUCAGUUAAAUGGAUUCGCUGCUUCUGCAAGUAAAUGGAAGAAUCUUCCCUUCCCCACCGCAGCUACAGCCUUAUUAUGUUGCUUCGCAGCCUCCUCCUUUGGCCCAAUCGAGUGGGUUCAACUUGGAAAACAAGGUCAGUCCGAGCCUACUUCUCAUCAUAAUCAUUUUAGCCAUCGUCUUCUUCGUCUCUGGUUUGCUUCAUCUCCUCGUUAGAUUCCUCUGGACUCCCCCAUUACAGAGAGACCCAGAAAGUUCAGACAGUGCCACGGCUUUUCAAGGCCAAUUACAGCAACUCUUUCACCUCCAUGAUUCUGGGGUUGAUCAGUCCUUUAUUGACACCCUUCCCGUUUUCCAUUACAAAGCCAUUAUUGGAUCCAAAACCCCAUUUGAUUGCGCUGUCUGUCUCUGCGAGUUCGAGGCUGAGGAUAAGCUCAGGCUGUUGCCAAAAUGCAGCCACGCUUUUCACAYAGAGUGCAUUGACACAUGGCUUUUGUCUCACUCAACCUGCCCUCUAUGUAGAUCUAGUUUACUGCCCGAUCACUUCGCCCCACACGCCAGUUGUGCGCCAAUUGUUCUCGUUCUUGAAUCUGGGAGUGAGAGUUCUAGAGAUAUUGUAGACGACAGAGAGGCCGCAAUUGGUAGAACGAAUCCGAACCCGAUUUCAGGGUCGAAUUCGCAGAUGGGUCUUGAUGAAGACCGCGAACUGGAGACGGGAUCCGGCGAGAUUGGGAAAUUAGAGGAUUCAAACGCAACCGUGGUGACUGUGAAGCUCGGGAAAUACAAAAAUGUCGAAUCUGGUGAAGGCGGAAGUAGCGAGAACAAGAAUGUGGAUUCUCGUAGGUGUUUUUCGAUGGGGUCUUUCGAAUAUGUAAUGGACGAGAAUUCUUCGGUGAAAGUAGCCAUUAUAAACACUCCGGCGAAAAAGCAGGGGAGCAGGAAGCCGGCUCUGCCGUUGACCCCUGGUUACAGGGCAGCCAUGUCGGAGUGCGAUUGCGAAUCAAGAAGAGAGUUCAAACUCGGUGGGUUUGAACCUGGAGAGAAUGGUAACACCAAUAGCAACAAAAUAGAGAAGAAGAGAAUAGAGAGUUUCUCGAUAUCGAAGAUUUGGCUGAGAGGGAAGAAGGCGAGAGAAUCGUCGACAGAUUGGUCAAGAAGGGCAGUUUCAUUUCGAUUUCCCAUUCAGUCGAACGGUGGGGAGUUGGAGUGGGAAAAUGAAGUGCGGAAUGGAAUUGAAUUCGAUGAAGAAAACCAGAGUCGUAACAGUGAUCUGGACUCUCAAUGUAACCAAUCUUUCGCGAAGAGGACGUUACAAUGGCUGGUGGGAAGACAAAACAAGGUCAUUCACUUUCAAUCGUCGCCUUCAUCUUCUGUUUCAAAUGUAUAAUUCUUCUCUGUCCAUUUUUCUUUCUUGUUCAGUGCUCUGUGGAAUAUCCGUAAAAGAAAAUAGAAACAAACGAACGAUUAACAUAGAAA